AUGCUAUUCAAUCUUUCAAAAUUAUUUUACCUAUUUCUAAUCUUUCAACAAUUUCAAUUCUCAAAUGCUGCUGAUGAAGUUCGUUUUAUUACAUCCGAUGGUGUAGUAUACAGUUACGCUGUCGUUACUAGUACGAUUAAACCAGCAACAGUCAUUGUCAGAACCUCUACAUAUACUACUACACGUGUAAAGGCUAUCACAUUGGACAACAAUCAAGUUACAUCUACAACUGAGGAAAUUACUACUCAAGCUACUUUGGUAUCUUCUGUAGAUGCUGAAUCUGAACAACAAGCUUCUAACUCUGUUGUUGCCCCAGCUGCCGCCACCACCAGUGUUUCUACCAUAGUUUCUUCGUCCGUCGUACAACCGGUCGCUGAUAUUUCUUCUCAAGUUCAAAAAACAUCGAACUCACCACAAGAACAACCUACAGAGACUACAAUCUUGUCUGGUUCUCCUUCUUCCAGUUCUAUUAAAGCUCUGGUUCAAACUCAAAAUAUGGAAGGUGUCACACGUUCAACUUCAACCUUGACUCCAUCCAUCACCACUUCUAGUACUGGUACCACAUCAAUCACUAGUAUAUCUAGUUCUACAUCAAGUUCAAGCUAUUCAUUAGCUACUGUUUCAACCACUGAAGUCGAAGAUGGUACCUGUUUUGUUUAUUAUGAUGACCCAGAGGAUGAGUAUUACAGCACCGCCUACAUUACUGAUUCUUCUCAGACAAUUGAUGCGGCUACCACUUUAACAAGUACACAAACAAUUUUUGCUACUAUGACCUUAAUGUAA